UCGACGCACCACAUGUGUGUGAAGCUGAAGCAGCGCUGCACCAGUCUUAUCUGCGCACCUUUCCUUCACAGGUCUAGAAGCUUCUCUAGAAGCGUUUCGGAUCCUGUAAAACCGUGGAUAUAAGGAUGAGGACCAGUCCCACCCAUCCAUGAAAUCUGAGGACCACCUGAGACCACCAGCAGUGAUACUAUAACAGACACCAUGGGGAACUGUGGCUCCUACGACUCAGACGGCGAAUUCUCCUACCACCCCGACGAUGAACUCUGCGAACACUGCAACUGCCCUAUUCCCCCAGGAAACCAGACGCAGUAUAAUGACAAAUUUCCAUUCAACUCCAACUACACACCUCCCCCAACUUCCCCAUUACCAGAUAACUUGGUGGUGGCCAUGUACAGCUAUCAGCCAUCCCACAGUGAUGACCUGGGCUUCGAAAAAGGAGAGAAGAUGAAGAUCCUCUUAGAAGAUGAUCCAGAAUGGUACAUGGCAGAGUCUCUGUCUACGGGACAGAGGGGCUACAUUCCACGCAACUUUGUGGGCAAACUCAACAGCAUGGAGACUGAAGCCUGGUUCUUUAAGAACCUCUCCAGAAAUGAUGCCAUGAGGCAUCUGCUGGCUCCAGGAAACACACAAGGUUCCUUCCUGAUCCGAGAGAGCGAGACCACGCCAGGUAGUUUCUCUCUGUCUGUGCGCGAUUUAGACCACACGGAUGGUGAUGUCAUCAAGCACUACAGAAUCCGCAACCUGGACGCCGGUGGCUUCUACAUCACUGGCAAGAUCUCCUUCAGCACACUGUCUGAGCUGGUCAGACAUUACUCCCGAGAGGCUGAUGGUCUGUGUACACGGCUGAUUAAGCCAUGUCAGACGAGCAUGCCACAGAGGCCGUGGUGGCAGGAUGAGUGGGAGGUUCCCCGUGAAUCUCUGAAGCUGGAGAGGAGGCUGGGCCAGGGCCAGUUUGGGGAGGUGUGGAUGGGCAUGUACAAUAAUAGCAGAAGGGUGGCUAUUAAGAGCCUGAAGACUGGCACCAUGUCCAUCGGGGCCUUCCUGGCCGAAGCCAACCUGAUGAAGACGCUCCAGCACCCGCGCCUUGUCCGCCUGUUCGCAGUGGUGACGCAGGAGCCCAUCUAUAUCAUCACUGAGUACAUGGAGAACGGCAGUCUGGUGGAUUUUCUGAAGACUCCUGAGGGAGCAAGUCUGCAGACCAACACCUUGAUUGAUAUGGCAUCUCAGGUGGCAGAUGGAAUGGCCUACAUUGAGCAUAAGAACUACAUCCACCGAGACCUGAGAGCCGCUAACAUCCUGGUAUCUGACACGCUCAUCUGCAAGAUCGCUGACUUCGGCCUGGCUCGCCUCAUUGAGAACGAUGAAUACACAGCCAGGGAAGGUGCAAAGUUCCCCAUCAAAUGGACGGCUCCUGAAGCCAUAAACUACGGCACCUUCUCCAUCAAAUCGGACGUGUGGUCUUUCGGAAUCCUGCUGACCGAGAUUGUGACCUAUGGCAGAAUCCCUUACCCAGGCAUGUCCAAUCCAGAAGUGAUCCAGAACCUGGAGAACGGAUACCGCAUGCCCUGUCCAGACAACUGCCCCGAUGGCCUCUACAACGUCAUGACCGCGUGCUGGACUGAAAACCCAGAGAACCGGCCAACCUUUGAGUACCUGCGCGGUGUGCUGGAGGAUUUCUCCACCGCCACAGAGGGCCAGUACCAGGAGCAGCCCUGCUGAGAUCCAUCAGUACCCCUCCUCCGCCUCCUACCAGAACUCUUAGGACUCUUUCUCAGUUCUUCAGUGGCACUAUAUGUGCAUCAUCCUGAAACAUUUCUCACAAAAACAAAACUGUAUAUAUUAACAGCACCAAUAGUAUGUUUAAGGAUGUUGUGCUUAUGUGACGGGAUUAAUUAUGAUUCUACAAAUACUGUUGCCUGCAGUCUGCUCAGGAAUGCUUCUACACGGGAAUAAUUCAUAAUAUUAACAUCAUUAUACAUAUGUGUAGGGUACCAUGUAAAAAUGUUUUGUUGUUGUUGUUUAUUUUAGCUUUUAUUUUUUAAAUCUACACAACUCUUUCAUCCAUUAUCUCCUCGUCAUCUUUACCAUCUUUACUUUUUACCACAGAACUGUAAUUACUUUGAUAUGAAAAUUGAUACGAAAUUGUGAAUGUUCUUGUUUGAGGAGCUGUGGUGGCUGCGGACCCUUACUCUGAAUUUCAUUUUGUUUUCAUCUUUUCGCUUGACGUCCAAUUGCGUGUGAGCUGAGAAGUGACAGUCCACACCACCAACUAGAUUGGACCAGCCAGAACUGAGUUCUGAGUCAGAACUCACAUCUAGAAAUAUUUAAAAUGUGUGGUAUUAACUGAUCCAACUAAUUACUGGCUCAUUGCUAUCUUAAACACUGCCAAAAGUCUUUUUUUUUAAUGCCCUCCGCCUGCAUUGUUUAAAUAGCAACAGAGCUUGUAAAUAUAUCUACAGCAAUGGCUGUGGUUGUCUGGAUUGAGGUUUGUUCAGGUAUAUUUCUGGUAAGUUGCUAUCUUGGCAACAGUAAACACAGGUGCACCACUGACUGAAAGCUACCUAGACAACAUCUGACGCCAACAGUCAGAUGCUCUUUGCAUCUGAACUCCCGAAAUCUGGUCACUGAACAGAAGCUUGAUUGUUUGAUGUUGGAUGCUGUACCAUUGUGGCAUUAUCUUGUCGUAUCUUAUUUCUUUUUGAAUUCUUUGAUUUUUUUUUCUUCUCAUGUUCCUCAUGAUGCUGAAUAAAAUUAAAGGUCAUUGUACUGUAA